GCGCUCGUGCAACUGAAGCAAUGACACACAUCCGAGUCUAGGAGAAGAAGAGAAGUGAGCGAGGGAAGGGAACAUAAACAUGUGAAGUGGAACACAGCCGUUCAAUCUGCGCUGAAUCUGAUGUUUUUCAGACUAAGUAGAUUAUUUUUUUUUAUAAUUUAUUAGGAGAAAUCUAAAUCCAAACGAUUAAACGAGUCAGUUUAUUUAGUGAAUCGCUCAGAAAUUAAUCGACUGAUAUUGUACAUUACGUUCGUGAAACAUAAACUCGUUUUUGACUAGUUUUUCACAUUACAGUUUUUAAAGAUUAUGAGUUGUGUUUUCAUUUUAUGUAAUGAAACGUGGUAAACAGAGUUUUUAAUGCAUGUAAAUCAUAUUUAAAGUAAGACCAACAUAAAAUUCAGUUAGAGGAGUUAAAUUGAUUCUUAGCAAAGAGAGUUCGUCGUGAGAGAUUAAAUGCUGGGGGAUAUUCCCAUUUUCCCACAGGAGAAGAGAAAACAAGCAGGAGGAAUUACUCCAGGAGAAACUCCUGACAUACUAUUGUAAAUAUGGAGUUUGAGGAAGAACCCUGCAGAAUAAAAGAUGAAGAUACAGAGGAACAAAUAGACCCGUUGGAAGUGAAUGAAGAUAAACCUCAUCAUUUCACAAAUGAAGAUGGGAAACUGACAUAUAAAAUUGGCAAACAACAUCUGUUUCAAAAACCUCAUUUAAAAAAUGAAGAUGGAAAUGCAGUUGUUUCAAAGACUGAAGAGAAUUUCAUGCAAAAACAAGCUGAAAAAUCUGGAGUCAAAGGAUCUUUCACCUGCUCUGAGUGUGGAAAUAGUUUCAUUCAAAAAGGACACUUAAAUGUGCACAUGAGAAUUCACACUGGAGAAAAACCGUUCACAUGCACUCAGUGUGGAAAGAGUUUCAGUCGCAAAACCUCUCUCAAUAAUCAUCUGCGCUGUCACUCUGGAGUGAGAUCGUUCAGCUGUGAUCAGUGUGAUAAAACAUUUGUUUUUAAACAAGACUUAAGAAGACACCUUAAAGUUCAUGCUGGUGUGAAGCCUCACUUUUGUUCUAUUUGUGAAAAGAGGUUUUCACAACCGCAACAUUUACAAGUUCACCAAACUAUUCAUACUGGUGUGAGACCUUAUGUGUGCUUCGACUGUGGGAAGAGCUUCACUACAUUAGACAAAUUAAAAAUACACCAGAGAAUUCAUACUGGAGAGAAACCGUACAAGUGCUCACACUGUGGAAAGGUUUUCGCUCAUUUAGCUACCCUGAAACAUCACCAGAGAAGUCAUACUGGAGAGAAACCACACAAGUGCUCACACUGUGAAAAGAGUUUCACUCAUUCAUCAUCCUUGAAAGAUCAUAAGAGAGUUCAUACUGGAGAGAAACCGUACAAGUGCUCAAACUGUGGAAAGGUUUUCGCUCAUUUAGCUACCCUGAAAUAUCACCAGAGAAGUCAUACUGGAGAGAAACCGUACAAGUGCUCACACUGUGGAAGGAGUUUCUCUCGGUCAGAAAAAAUGAAAGCUCAUGAGAGAAUUCAUACUGGAGAGAAGCCGUACCAGUGCUCUUCGUGUGGGAAGAGUUUCAUCCAAAUAUCUCAUUUACGGACUCAUAAGAAAAAGAAUUGCCCGAAGGUGUCUAAUUGAGCAAACUUUCAUGAUCAGAUCCAUCACUUACAUGAAAAUAGUUUGAUAUUCUACAUUACUGCGCUGUAUAUAGACAAGUGUGGAAAUUGAUUGUAGUGCCUGUGGAUACGUAUGGAAAAAUAUUUGUUUUUCUACACUGUUGCCCCAUUCUGUUUUCUAAAACAUGAAAUUGAAAAAUUUGAAAAGUAAAUUUGUCAUACAAGAUGGUCUAUUAAAUCAUUAUCCAUAUCACAAAAACUACUAGUCUUUCGUAGAGCUGUUUAGAUGUGAUGCUUUAAGAUAUUGAAGACUUUUCUGCAUUGAAAUCUGUCAUCACAGUAUAACAAGUCAAUUACACUUCAGGGAUAUCAAUCUGUCCAAUUAAGUGUUUGUGAAUCAGUUUCAACCUCUUUGGUGCAAAUUAAAGUUACAACAGGUGCACUGUAGAGGCAACAGCAAGACAACCCCCAAAAAGUGAAUGAUUUUGCAGGUGGUGGCCAUAGACCCUUGUUCUCUCUUUAUUCUUCCUGACUGAUUUGUCUUUAGUUUUGGGUUUUGUUAGGGUUCUUGUCACUGCCUGUAGCAUGAGGCAGUACCUGCAACCCAAUUAGGUUGCACAGACAGUCCAUCUCCUCCAGGAUGGCACAUCCAUACGUGCCGUUGCAAUGAGAUUUGGUGUGUCUCUACAGCUGUCUUUAUAGCUGCUAUCUAGUAGUUAUGAAAUAAGGUUUAAGUUCUUACACUGUGGUUUUACCUUGUAAUUUGACACACUGUUUGGUUAAAAUAUUCAGACUAUUUUAGACAGAGUGGGACGCCAACCGCCGCAGAGUAACCGAGUAUUUGUAAACGUAGACAUAGAGAGAAGUAGCUUUGGUUACAAUGUUCUUCUAUGGAUGCAUUAAGUUUGGAUAAUUAAGUGCCAAAAGCUAAAUAGAUUGUGAGGACUUUGAUUUGAGCUGCUUGGACUGAACUUCUGGAGUUCUGGACUUUUUAAGGUAAUUCUUCAUAACUUUUAAAUCUCAAUCACAGCAGCUCAGAGAUCCACUAGGUCAACUUUACAAUAGUUAUCGCUGCACAAUGGUAUCGCUGUCUACAACAUUGGACACAUAACGGUAAUUAAU